GUCGCCCGCGACGGGGCAGCGAAGGGGGGAGGGAGGCGGAUCUUGGCCCGGGGCGACGGCUGCGGUGGCAGUGAAUGAGCAGCGGCCGUCGAGGAAGAUUUUUGAGCAUCUGAGAGGUGUCGUAGAAGCACACCUUUAGCACGGGAAGAUGAGUGAACUUGACCAGUUACGCCAGGAGGCGGAGCAACUGAAAAACCAAAUUAGGGAUGCUAGGAAAGCAUGCGCGGAUGCUACGUUGGCCCAGAUCACAGCCAACAUUGAUCCAGUGGGCCGUAUCCAGAUGCGCACCAGAAGAACACUGCGGGGACACUUGGCUAAAAUUUAUGCAAUGCACUGGGGGACUGAUUCCAGGCUUCUCGUUAGUGCAUCACAGGAUGGCAAGCUCAUCAUUUGGGACAGCUACACCACAAACAAGGUCCAUGCCAUUCCCCUGCGCUCAUCCUGGGUAAUGACCUGUGCUUACGCUCCAUCUGGAAACUACGUGGCCUGUGGUGGCCUCGAUAACAUCUGUUCCAUUUACAACCUGAAAACACGUGAAGGCAACGUACGUGUAAGCCGUGAACUGGCUGGCCAUACAGGCUACUUGUCAUGUUGCCGUUUCGUGGACGAUAAUCAAAUUGUCACCAGCUCUGGAGAUACCACUUGCGCCCUUUGGGACAUAGAAACAGGUCAGCAAACAACCACAUUCACUGGUCACACCGGAGAUGUCAUGAGCCUGUCCCUUGCUCCUGAUUCCAAGUGUUUUGUUUCUGGUGCCUGCGAUGCCUCUGCAAAGCUGUGGGACGUCCGAGAAGGGAUGUGCCGGCAAACCUUCACCGGCCAUGAGUCUGACAUCAACGCCAUCUGUUUCUUCCCAAAUGGCAACGCGUUUGCCACAGGAUCUGAUGAUGCCACAUGCCGGCUCUUUGAUCUCCGGGCCGACCAGGAGCUGAUGGUUUAUUCCCAUGACAACAUAAUUUGUGGCAUCACCUCUGUAGCUUUCUCCAAGAGUGGGCGUCUUCUUCUAGCUGGCUAUGAUGACUUCAACUGCAAUGUGUGGGACACGCUCAAAGCUGACAGAGCAGGCGUCCUAGCAGGCCAUGAUAACCGUGUCAGUUGCUUAGGUGUAACUGAUGACGGCAUGGCAGUGGCAACAGGAUCGUGGGAUAGCUUCCUCAAGAUCUGGAACUAAAGUCUGUAGAAUAGCGGUGGACUCCUCACUGACUGGAAGACUUUUCCAACGGUUUCAAAUAAUGUAUCCAAUCUACUAACUUGGACACCCCCCCACCUCUCCCCCCCCCCCAUUCCUACCCAGCCACCAAAAGGCCAAGAUCUCUCACAUCUCCUAUUGCUGAAAUGAAGAGCACAAUUAUCUCUCAAAGAAGAAUUCCUGUGGUUGCGUACAAAAUAGCAAAAGAAGUAAAAAUUGUGCAUUCCUUUUGGGACCACUUUUCGUCUAGAAAACUAAAGAAAAACACGCACUUGUGUAAAGCAUGUCCAGACAAAAAAAAAAAAAGAGGAAAAAAAAAUACAUUGUGAAGCAGACAACUUUUAACUUUCACUGUAGUUUAAAAAUUGCAAACCAUUGAUCUGGUUUUACUGACUUUAUGAGUUGGGGGUGGGUGGGCCUUGUUUUAAUCUCACUUUCAAACUUUAAAGUCGUGUUUGUAGCAGGAUUGACAUCAAACAAAAAAUUGUCCAUAUUUCCAUUUCUUUUCCUUUCCUUUUUUUUAAAAUGCAAAUUUGCUUUUGCAGUCAAUUGUUGAGCCAAGGCAAGGGAAUCCAAACCCAGAUGUUUCUGGGAUUGUUAAUGCUGUAAAUUAAUUUAGUCCCUGAAUUAUUAUUUUUUAUUAUUAUUUCUGUCUUUAGUGUCACAAAUCGUUGCACAAAUAUUGCAUAUAUAGGAUAAUGUUAAGUAAGAUAACCAAGCACACGCUGUACAUGGUAUUGAAUGUUUGUUUUUAAAAAAAAUAAUUCACCUUUUAUGGGUAACAAAUGCAGUCUAGGUUUUUCCACCCCACCUUCACAUAUCAUUGUUCCAAUUUUGUUAUAUGUUUUUUUGGCAUAGUUUUGCAUUUCUGAUGCCUAAUCGGGGGCGGUUUAUAGCCCUAACACUACCCCAUAAUCUCAGCAAACAAGAUUCUUUGGGUUGUGGGGCGGGGCGGGGCGGGGGGAAUUGAAAAGAAAAACCUGUUCAGCGCUUGGCUAUUCCAUCAGUUCUUUGUGUAUGAAACAAAUGUACAAAUUAAUGUUUUUGAAAAUAAUGAUCUUAAACUUUCUAAGUUAAACAAGAACAACGGAAAGAGAGAGAAGAAAAAAAAUGUUUUUGGUUUGCCAUGUUGGGUUGGAUGACUCUUUAGAAUCGCAUGCUAUAGAAAUGCUCAAGUACAUAUGAGACUAACGCGUCCUUAUAUGUGUUUUCUUUCAAGAAAUAACCUGUCCAUUUUUCUAAGGAAAAAAAGGAAAAGAGAAAAAAAAAAAAGCUGUAACCAUUGCUGAUCUCAUUUCUUGUCGCUACUCUGUGCAUAACGCCUACAACGAAACCGAUGAAGAAUGAAAAGUACCGAGCUAUGCACAUCUUGGAGUAGUCACUAUUCUUAAUUUAAAAGAAAGAAAGAAACCACCUUUUUAAACAAUUGCUGUAGAUUUGAUUCCGGGGUGGGGAAGGGAAGAUCAUUCUUUAAACUCCUCUAACAGCCGGUUGGCUCUCCUCAAAUGAGCCCUUUUUAAUCAGAUGAGGUGUCCCGUCGCCCCCAAUCAAGCAGCAUUUCCUGGCUUUGUGUUUUGAAAAUGAAAGGAAAAAAACCCUAAAGAGUAGCAAAUGUUUUGUCAAACUUUGAUUCUCCCUUUCACUGUACCAGAAUUCCCCCUCCUUCUUCGCUGCAGCAGUGGCUUUUAUCCAUUUUGGGUUCUUUUUCCCUCUCUCUGCAACAUUCUGUACAAAAUGUGCUGUAAUCGUGCGUUUUUAGGCCUGGAUUUGGCAUUUCAAAUUUUUUAAAACCCUCUUCCCCACCCACCCACCGACCCACCCCUUCUCAUGAAUCUUUACUCUCCGUAGAGCUUUCUCCACACCCUUGUAUCCUUCACCUUUUGUAUUUAAUUUUAAAGUCAGUGUACUUCAAGAAAGCUGGAUGCAAGAUAGAUACUAUAUUAAAAUGUACUGUUAUUUAAGAUGUAAUAAAGCAGUUUGACAUGA